AAUUUCCAGUCUCGUAACCUUUCCAAAACAACACGAGAAACUGUCGAAUCAUUUUUUCUUCUCAUUAAUUGUCAUAACUUCAUUUCAAUGAUGCCAUCGCCGAUCGGAUCCGAUGUACCACCUUCCCCGAAGCGUGAGAAGGUGGAGGAAACAACCUCUGAUGAUAGCGACGAUGAUUACUACGAGCAAUUAGAAUUCUUCAACCAAGAGAUGAGGAAGGGCGGGGGUUAUGAAAUCGACUUCUCGAAAUUUCGCAACUGUUUUGAUUGGCAAUCAUUGGAUCUGGACGACAUUGAAAUGGCUGACGAAAACAGAGAUUUAAUGGCCAUGUUGUCCAAUCGGGCUCUCGCCAAGCUCAACGAUGAAAACGGAACAAGUCUGGAAUUGGGCAAGAUUUUGAGGGCAAACUUUCAUCCAUCUGCUGGAAGUACUUACUACAUCUCUUUCGAAGUCAAUGAUCCUUCUGAUGGUAAUCAGACAAAGCCCUAUCAAGCAGUGGUUUUCCACCACUUUGCUGGAAAUGUUAGAGUACGCUCUUGCAACCCUAAACCACCCUCUUCUUGAAUUCCUGAGAGGUUUGUGAUAAAAGUUCCUCCAACUUCUUUGUAUCAUUAUAUGGCUAGUGUGUAUGUAUAACUAAUUAACAAUAAAAUAUGCUCACCAUA